CCUUAAAUUAAUUGUUGAGUGGGAGAAGGAUUUGGUGCUCAGAAUAAGUACUCCUUUAAAUAAGCUGCUUGUGAGAUUAGGUGGGAUCAGGUCCCGUAAUCAAAAUUCCCAAAACGACCUUUUUUUCCGUUUUCUUUUUAUUUGCUUCAUCCUUCUCUUGAUUCCUUGAUUGAAGUCUCUGUGUGUCAUGUCUCACACCAAUUAUGAAAAUGAAACAAAAUAACAAACAAGCUAUCUGUCUUACUUUCCCUUGCUCAUAUAGUAUCUGUGUCCCAAGUUGCCUCUGCAACCUCUAAACAUUACAUAGCACCUGAACACUUUCACUGCCUCCAAUCUCUACAGAGAAAAUAAUAAAAACCAUAUAUACUUUACCUUCUCCUCCCUCUUUCUUCUGCAUAAAGAAGUUUGCUCUCCCUCUAUCUCGCUCUCCCUCCCUCUCUUUCUCUCUCUUGUUUAAUCUCCUGAAGAGUUGUCAGAGUCCUGUACAUCAGAAUUUUCAGGGCCUUCGAGGGUUUAGAUUGGAAUGGAGUGCAGAGUCUAAGACGCUAUUCGGCGCCACUUGUCCUUUGUGAUGGAAAAUAUGUUUCUUUGAAAUUGAAAGCCUCUUCUGCCUGGUGUUUAUGUUUCAUUAAAGUAGAAACAAAAUCAUUUUUCCUGCAUCAGAAGAAAAGAUAAAUCAACAACCAGCUACUGCUACACAAGCGUGGGAUGAUUUGUAAGGCUAUUUGCUCAGAUAACUCAGCUGACAUCAAAAGGGUACGAGAAUUUUGAGCUUUGUGAUCGGAAUCAUUGGAGAACGUAAGAAGAGAUCGGAUAAAUGGCUCGCCUACUGCUAAGCAUGGAUUCAGCCUCAUCCCCUCCAGGUAACGGCAACAGAACAGGGGGUUUUAACACAAGUGAUGCCAAUUUUGACACAAACAUGGUGAUUAUACUAGCGGCCUUGCUCUGUGCAUUAAUAUGUGCUUUAGGGCUAAACUCAAUUGUAAGAUGUGCUUUGAGAUGCAGCAGCAGGUUUGCUUUUGAGACAUCAGAUGAAGCUGCAGCUCGUGUAGCGGCAAAAGGGUUGAAGAAGAGUGUUUUGCGUCAGAUCCCUAUAGUUGUAUACGGUUCAUCAGGUUCUACUGAUAUUGGAGCCACUGAGUGUCCAAUUUGCCUAGGAGAGUUUGUGGAUGGAGAGAAAGUGAGGGUUCUUCCAAAGUGCAACCAUGGAUUCCACGUGAGGUGCAUAGACACAUGGCUUCUCUCGCAUUCUUCUUGCCCUACUUGCAGGCAGUCUUUGCUUGACCAGCAUAAUGCAAGCACUUCUGGUUCUGGCAAUGUAUAGUUGUAGCUGUGGAUGAGGUUUGCAAUUCUUAACCCUCCACCGUCAACUCAUCAAGAUCUGUACCACAGAAAAAGAAAAGUUGGAAAUAGAGAUUAGGUUGUUUAUAGCUUUCUAUCUUGGGAUUUUCUUUUCCUUCCUUUCUUUUUCUUUUUGGGGAUUUGCGGUGCUGUUAUUGUAAUUUGUAUGGAGAUAUCAGCCAGGUGAACAUCAGUAUUGCAGAUUAAAAUUUCCUGAUAAUGGUUUCUGAGUGGCCUUUUCACAUUCAGUGCUUGUAAAUGUUCUCUGUCCUAAAGCAAAUGGUACUGAAUCUUGAAUGUUUGUUUCUUGCAAA